AUGAAUGAUGAAAGGAUUUAGUUUUUAGAAUGGAAAAAUGAAAAAGCAAUUUUACAAUAGAAAAUUUAAAUUUAAGAGAUGUUUAUAUAAGAAGCUAAAGAAAGAGAAGAGAACUUAAGAAAAAUGAAUGAAAUCUUUAUUAGUACAUUGAAUCAACAAUAAAAUGAUAAUUUUGUUUAAAAGUUCUAAAAAACUUAUGAAUAGAAUGAGAUAGAUAAAUAAUAAGAAAUUAUAAAUGCUUAAUAAAUUUAAAUAAAGUUGCUUGAAGAUAAAUUGGCUGAUAAAGAACAUUAAAUUAAUUAAAUUUAAAAAAAUUAUGAAAAAGAAAUUGAGAAAUUGCAAAAAAGGAUUGUAGAAUUAGAAUAUUUAUCUUGCAAUAAAGAAAACAUUAAUUAUUAAAACAUAAUUGAAUAUUAAGUAAAUUAAUAAUUUGAAGAUGAUAAAGCUCUUUAAUAAAGAAAAAGAAAUUAAAGCCCGUCUUAUCCAACAACAAGAAUAAGAGUGAGUCAAUAAUAAUAAUAAUAAUAAUAAUAAUAAUAAAUUUCUAACAAUAAAUUUGAUGAAUCUACAUGCACAAAUCAAGAUUCAAAUGAUAUUUCAGGAUUUUUAAAUAGAAUCAAUCCAAAUCUAUAAAGAUAAAUGAAAGAUAUUUAAAAUAAACUAUAUAAUACAAAAAAGAAAUUAACUACUACUACAGAAUAAGAAACUUCAUUUAUACGUUAAUCAAUUCAAAAAAUAAAAAAUGUAUUUAAUACAAAUUUAUGUUUAGCGAUCUAGAAAUCAUUCAAUUUCUAUUAACGAAAAUACUUAUUGUGAAUAGAAAUCAACAUGGGAUGACCAAGUUGAAUAUAGAACAAAUUAAACAAAUUAGACAAACUAAUCUUUAAUGUGUAAUGGAUUUAGAUUUUCUUGA